AUGGUAAAUUUGGCUAGGAUUGGAAUGAAAGGGUAUAUUAUCAUCGAUAUGGCAAGACAACUUCAAGAACCAUCGAAUGAUGUUGUGCCCUCCCCUGAGUGGGGCAUCAUUACGUUGUCGUCCCCGCACGAAAAUAACCUGAAAGCAUGGGCGAAGCAGGCAGGUGCUAUCAAAAUCAUCAUGAAUUGCCCCGAUGAAAACGACAUGAAGGCGAUGUGUGCGUGGGAGACACCCAAUACAACUGACGAGGAGCAGGCGGAGUAUUGGAGAAGGGUGAACAUGCGCAUGGAUGACGUCGGACCGAUUCCACGAUGCAUCUUUGAUGAUAAUAAAUAUAAAAACCGCGUGGAGGAAAUCAAGGACAUCCUGGCAGGUAUCGACGCUUCAAAUGCUAAACAUUAUGGGAUGAUUGGAGGUGUGGAAGAGUGGCCCUCGAAUGACGCACCUCACAAACUUGUGAAAGUUGUCAGAGCAAUAAGACAACGCGGUCUUGAGGCGUUUGUUAACAUGCCGGUCUGUUUUUCCAUUGGAAGCAAAUUAAUUGGAAGGUUGCUCGAGGUGGAUGAGGAGAAUGGCAUUAUUUUUCGAAUAUUGACGUACUGUAAAGUGUUAUUGCCGGAACUUUUGGAGCGGUACACUCUUCACGCAUUCCUGCGUAGAGACUUUGUGGAAAAUGUAAUGCCGGGCCUCAACGAGUUGCCUCCACCAGGACGUCGUCGGCGACAGAGAUGUGUGCUGCAAUCGAACCCCGAAAAGCAUCCAAGCAUACCCGUUGCAUUAAUAACACUGGAACACACUCCUCCGAGGUUGGAUGCACAAUGCGGGGUGAUAUACGUACCGAAUAGUAGAAAUUUUCCUCUUGUGGGCGCCUUUUUCUUCGUUGGUGCACCGCGGAGGACGAUGGUUGCGGUGCAGGUGACGACGAGGGCUGAACAUGGCACCAGAAUCAGCACGGUGAGGCGGUUCAACGAUCUUCCACGGAGUUAUUUUAAUGACUGGGAAACUUUUGAGGAAGGCUUGUCGUGGGAGAUUAUUUACGUGCAGCACGAGGACAGUACGACAAUAAACGCGUGGCAGCAAUGUGUUGUCGUCGCGCACGCAAAUGUAACGGGCAGCAAUGAGCGUGAGGACCCUCGGGCCAUUGCGGCAUUUUGGAAUCAGCAGGUGCGUCAGUGCUAG